ACGUGUCGUCCCUUUGCCAGAUUAUUGUUAUCUCAUUCAAACGGUCAAAUGUCAAUGCUAAAAACAAACUUCGAUCAUUUCAUGGUCUGGAAUUCGAAAAACUUGAUCGAAAAAUCGUUAAAAAGGUACAUUAACAAAAUAAACAAAAUGAAAUUGUAUUAUUUUUACGCUGUUUUGACUUAUAAUAAUCGAACGAAAUGGAUAUUUCGCCGUGUCUGCGCAAGAAUUAUUGAGCAUUCGGCAUCAGAGAUAUUUUGGUACUCUGUGCGCAUUUUAUGAAGAUGUUUUAAAAGCAAAUAUUUUUUAAUUACUUUGGAGUUGAAAAUAUUUAUUUUUCACUUGUACGUAUGCAAGUCUAACUGAAAACAUGAAUACACGGUUAAAGUAAAUUCCGUAUGUGUUGCUUAAAUGCAUCUGUGUAAUGGAAAUUUUAGGAAUAUAAAAGAGCAUACGUGCAUCGCAAAGAUCACACCAGAACAGCAUCUGUAACGAUAAAUAUUCAAGUUAUUAUUGAAUCGACGCAGCGUUUACAAGAUGAAAAAUAAAACGUCUUUAAUCAUUUUUAUUCUUUUUAUCGGUUUGAUCGAUAACAUAUCUUCGGCACCUUGUGGAGGAGAUUUUUGGGGUUUUUGGCCAUGGGAGUUUCUUCAGCUAUUUAGCUCUCCCAUUCAACCGCAAAAUCCGCCGCCUAUGCAACCAGCACCUGCAAGUCCAUCCACACCUGCGCCAAAUCCGUCACCACCAUCUCAACCGAAUGUACCAGCAAUGCCAACUCCAGUAGUAAAUACACCACCUCCAUCACCCACGCAGACAACACCUACAACAACUAUACCUCCUGUACCACCCGUUACGACUGUACCAACACCACAAACACAACCGCCACCAGCUUCGCCGAAUGUACCACCAGUGAAUACGAUACCGCCUGAAGUUCCAACCGCUCCAGCUACAGUCCCAACUAUUCCAACACUCUGAUCAUUUCAAAUAUAAAAUGAUUCGAAAGUUCGAUCAUCAUGAAUACAAUAUCGAUUAAAUCGACGAA